CUGAGAGCCGUGAAAAGCCCCAGAUGAAACCCCCCAGGUUCAAGCUCCCACCAGCUCCGCGGUGGCACCGGCACCUCCCUGCCACCCCACCCGGCAGGUCCCCUCCAGCCACGGAGCAUCAGGAGUUGAGUACCCCCCCCACCAGCCCUGACCCCACAUAAACCUGCCAACCACCUCGGGUCGUCCCGUCCCCCCCCAUGACUCAAACCAGCCAAGGUGCUUUUAGCACCUGAAUAUCCCACCCGAAAUUUUCAAGCCCACGGCAGGGGCUUGUGCAGGGAUCACAGCCAGGUGGGGUAAGACAGGGUGGCAUCGUGCCUUCCCUGGGUGUCUCUGAGCCAGGAAAGGGGGAAAGGAUGGACACACCAUCCCCCAGGGCCACGCCGAGGGAUGCGGGGAAGCUCUGCUACCAGAGGGGAAAAGGAAAAUAGAAAUAAAGCCAGAAAAAGGCAGAAAAGCCCCGGCAGCAUAGGGACAGCAGCAGGACAGAGGGUCAAGGAGCUGCCACAGGGGAUGCAUCCAGCAGGACAGAGGUGACCUCCUGGGGCCCUUCAGCCCAUCUCUGUGGCCAGUUUUGGCAAGGACAGUAAAAAUACCUGCCCUUCUCUUUGAAGGCCCCUGGGCUUUGCCCAAGGUGCAGGGAGGGCUGCAGCCCAGCCACUGCACCAUGCUUCAUCAGCGGAGCAAGAGGCAGCUACAAUGGCUGCUCACAGGGGAAAAAUAGGCUAAUUUAGGGCAGAUUCAAGUCUUAAAUGCAGCAAGUGCAUUGCCCUGUCACCUCUGGCCACGCCAACUGCCCACAGCUCCGGACACUCAGCACCAGUGGCCCCAGCCAAGGCCAGGGCCAGCACCGGGGUCAGCACGGGGCACGCGGCUCCUCUCUGGCCUGAGUGGUGCUGGUUGCACCAAGGGUGUGGGGCCAGCAGCCCCCGGCAGUCCCAUGCCCCCCCGCAGGGCUGCAAGAGCAAACAGCUGAGCGAGCGCGUCAGCCUGCCCCAGCUUCACUCGCUGCCCACUGCUGCAGCCAUGGCCACGGCCACCAUCGCUGCCGUCCUCGGCCUCACGGCACUGCUGCCCACAGCCUCCUUCCCCUGCGGAGCCCUGCGCCCUGACAACACCACAGCGCCAAAGCUGCUGGGGAUGUGGCUGUACGUGGCCGGGGCCGCUCAGCUGCCCCAGCACCUCCUGGAGAUGCUGCUCAUCGACCACGGCCACCUCUGCGUGGAGCCCCGCACCAGCGAGCAGGAGCUGCUCAUCACCCAGCACCUAGCUGUGGGGGACCAAUGUCUCACCAACAACUCCACCUACUUCGAAACCACGGCCGAUAACACCACGCUGGUGAGGCACGCCAAGACCCAGCAAACCGUGGGGAUGCUGAUGAACUUCAGUUCUGAAGAUGUUUUACUCAUCCAGUACCAACUGCAGAGGGAAAGGACGUAUUUGGGACUGUAUCUCUACGCCCGAAACCUGAGCGUGAGCACAGCCCACCGGGAAGAGUUCCAGCGCCACGCCACCUGCCUGGGGCUGAGAGAGGAGGCAGUCGUGUAUGCGCCGUGGAAAACGGAGCUGUGUCAAACGAAAGAAAUCGAAGGAAACAGCCCAUGCACGGAGCCCAUGGCUGCUGUCACAGCAUCGCCUCCUCCGGGUACCCACCCACCUGGGAGCGAGGGUAACUGAUGCCAUGUUACACAAUAAAUGUUUUCUUCAAA